UCACGGACUGAUGUGCACGCUCUCGGGACAGGGGGACCACCGGCACGCGCCACAGCGUUUUGACUCUUCUGCACGAGGGAUAUAGGUAUAUAAGGCUACUUACUGCUCGUUUUUCCGUGGUAGAAGCCGAGUGUCCUCUAAAAGCAUUGGGCAAUUUCCAAUCGUCUGCCAUGUAUGAGGGGUCUGAGUCCGUGGACACACGGGAUGUCAGAACUGAGACCACCCUUGGGUCCUCUGUCUCCACCUGCAAGAAGGUUUUGUGCAGUAACAGUGUUCUGGAAUCGUCUGAGUACUGGUUGAAGAACGAUAAGGCGCUGUGCAGAAUCGGAUUCUUGGAGGACCAGCAUGACGGAGGCUGCCCGACAAUCUGCUUCGUAAACCUGGACAGACACAACUCUGAUCACCAUGACGACAGCUACAUUAAGAAACUGGCCUCAGUGUGCCCAGAGCUGCCACGGUUAAUUGAGUCUCUCGGAGUGCGGCAACCCAAAGAAAAUGAAAUUCUGCUUCUCAGCAGCCUGGAGUCACCUGACUCCUGCCAGCAUGACCCCAGCCACCCACAGAGCCAGAGAACAGCUGAUGUCUGUCUGGUGCAUUGUUCCUGUGGGUGUCGCCCUACCCAAAUGAACAGUGUCAUUUUUGAGAUCAAUAAGUUUUUGAUUGGUCUUCAGUCAGGUCAGGAGAGGCAGUGGCAUGACCGAUUGGCUGGUCAGCGGGCUGCUGAAGAUGACACCAAUCGCUCUGUUUCAUCCAUUGAAGAAGACUUCCUUACUGCCUCUGAGCAGCUAGGGGACGACAGCGAGGAUGAUCCUUUCAGAAAUGAUCCUGAGAUUUCUGCUAUGCCUGAGUCAAUUAAGGCAUUGAGAGCUGCCCACACUCAAAGAAGGACUGAAAUGGAUAGAGAUGAUAGUGAGGAUUCAGAGACCCUCUGCACCUCUUCCAACUCCCAGAAGCUCUCAAGAACAUAUUCUGCCCCCUCCAGAGGCCCAAGCACCUCACCAAAACAAGUCAGUUGUCACACCAAUGAGUCCGCUGGUCACUAUGCCACCAAUCUGGCGGAGUCUGUCCUCCAGGAUGCUUUUAUUCAUUUGUCACAAGAUGAACCCUCUUUUGCCACAGAAGCAGCUGUGAGUGUCUCCAACACCUCGCAACAGUCAGGUGAUGUGAGCCACUCUGUUGAAGAGCCCCCAAGAGCUCGAGCCUGCUCUUUUGAACUCCCUAAAAUUGUGAUUGUCCAGAGUCCUGACAACAUUGAGGAGGUGACAGAGUGGCCUGAAGCACAAUCACAUGGAACACCAGAGCAUGAUGGAGUGCACAGGGCCAUAACUAAACAUGGGACUCACCCCCAGCACUUCUCACCAAUUGUACACCCUGCCAAGCCAGUGGAGAUAGCACUGGCAUGCGCAGCGAGCGUCAUCGGCAUCAUUACCACCCCUCAGGUCACAGAACAACUCACAAUGGAGUCAGGAGACAAAGAUGAGUAUGAUGAAGAAGAAGAAGAAGAAGAAAGUGAAACAGAACAAGGGGAGUAUUCGUUUUCUACUGCAGUAUGUGGAAUGUCUCAGGUUGCUGGAGCAGUAGCUGUGGUAGAUCUUGCUGAAGACUCUUGGGAUACAGAAGACUCAACAGACAUGUACUCUGCUUCUAUGGGACUUCUGUCAGUUGCACAAGCAUCAACUGCCAUACCUCUCCACUGUAGCGUUGCAGAGGGCACCAGUGUUGAGGCUUUCAGGGCCAAUGUGGCUGAAGCUCUCCUUAGGGAAGCUUCGGCUGUUCUCACCCACAGACAAAGUUAUUCGAGCGUUGCAAAUUUCCUUGAGACCACACAUAACAAGAUAGUGGAUGGAAUCACAAAUCCAAAAAGGGCUUAUCAGGAAAAAAAGGAGGUGGAUAAUUUUACAAAGGAAAUAUCAGACAGUAUCUUUCAAUAUGCCCUCGAGAAGGCUGAGAAGAGAAAAGAGCUUGAGGGUCCUGGAAAAGAUGCUCCAAAUAUACAUGGUUUUCUCUUGGAUUGUGUAAAUAAUUUUCUCUUUGAUGUCCUUUGUGUUACGUCAAGGAUAAUCAGUGAUAUUUCAAAAUGUAAUUUGGGGUCAUCUGACAGGCAAGAAGACAAUGUCAGCUUUAGGGAGUAUGAGGCUGGUACCAAGUCUGACAGAGAAGCUUUAAGCCAGUUACAGCAUUUGAUUGAGCCAAGCCAGGCUUAUAAUCAUGGAGAGAGGCAGAGCAGUGUGGAGAACCUGUCUGUUCUCAUAGAGAAAAGAGAGCGAGAGCAAAAAUACAUACAGGAAGAGAGAGAGAACGAGCCAAAACUGAAAGAACCCUACAAAAUUACUCUGAACCGAGUGACUGCCACUAUGCUUAAAGAACAAUCCAACCUACAAGCGCAGCUGGGUAGGAGUGAGAAGAGCUCAGACUCUACACUCCCCUCAGCUGAAAGCUUCCCACUUCACAUGCCACUAGGGAGGGCAGGAGGAGAGAGUGAAACCAGGCAGCAUUCUUUAUCGUCCUCUACAGGAGCACUUGUAGCACUUAAAAUGGAUUCGUCCGAGUCCAAAACUCCUGUCACAUGCUUUGCCGAAGACUUGGCGACCACAGUGGUCUCCAUGGCGACAGAGCUGGCAGCCAUUUGCUUGGAGAAUUCAAGUGGAAAACAGCCAUGGUUCUGUGCCUUAAAGGGAGUGUCAGAAGGUCCAGAGGGGCUGCUUCUGCCCUGCCGCACAGCUGCAGCCCUCCAGCGUAAAGAGACACAAAAUGGCACUGCAGUCACCAAGAAGCACAGACCUCCACGCCUCAGUGAAAUCAAACGUAAAACUGAAGAGCAGCCUGAACUCAUGGAGCGUCUAGUCAACCGUGUUGUGGAUGAGACCGUCAACCUAGACGAACCAACAUCCUCUGACCCAUUUGCACUCUUUGCAUCUGAGGUCACAGCCAAGAUAAUGAACUGUCCAGAAUUGAGUGUGGUGGACACUUCCAAAUCUGGCCAAUUGUCUCGCAGCCGCCUGCAGUGUGAGAGAUGGAGCAGUAGAGGGAGAGCAUCAAGCUAUGAAAGCAUUCCAGAAGAGGACAUGGAUUUCUCUGGAACACCAAACACUUUGGGACCAGGAAACUGGCUUGGGCAUAAUUUGAGCAGAGGUAGCUCUAUCUCCAAGCAGUCCAGCUGUGAGAGCAUUACGGAUGAGUUCUCUCGGUUCAUGGUGAACCAGAUGGAGACAGAGGGUCGUGGGUUUGACCUUCUGCUGGACUACUAUGCUGGGAAAAAUGCCAGCAGCAUCCUUGCAGCAGCUGUUCAACAGGCUGCCAGUAAAAAAAACGGACACCUCAAUGUGCGGACAUCAUCAUGUCUCUCUAAGCAAUCCAGCACUGAGAGUAUCACAGAGGAAUUUUAUCGCUUCAUGCUGAGAGACAUGGACAAGGAGAACAAGGACUACAGUCUGACCAAGGCUAAAGAAUGGAGUAAUAGCCUAUUACCCCCAUCACCCAGAACCCCAUUUUGUAUCCGUCAGUCUUCUGUUCCUGACAGACGAUCAUCAGAUUCCAGACUAACUGUAAACUCACCCAUUAAGGCCAAUUCAUUUGAUGGUUUUGCUCGAAAUGUACAUGGAGACUCACUCAAUAUUUAUCCAACCAACUCUGUGUCAUCUACAGGACUCUGCAAGUCUGAUUCCUGCUUGUAUCAGCGUGGCCAAAUGGACCAAAUUACAGAUAUGCUGAUUCAUGAGACCUGGGCCAGCUCUAUUGAGUCUCUAAUGCGCAAGAAUAAAAUUAUUGCAGAGCCGUCAGAGGACAGUGUAGAACUGGAUUCUGUAGACUCACAACCACAUGUCCAGCUCUUUGCUAAUCGUCUAGCAGCAGACAUCGUAGAGAGUGGCAAAUCCUUGCUUGGAAACCAGCAGGAAGUCUGUGCAGCUGCUUGUCGUCCACAAGUUCCUGUUAGAGAAAGGAGGCAAGGCUAUAAACAGUCUCGUCGAGAAAGUGGUGGAAACCGGCCAAGUGUGGUACAUCAAGAAAAUAGUGGUAACUCUCAAAGUUCUUCCUGUAUGAGACAAGUGUGGCGAGGGCAUAGGGAGGUACCCCUGAUCCAUAUUGAAUCAGAUCAAAGAGAAGAGGUCUCUAAAGAUGUGGGGAGGGAUGGGACCUACCACAGAGAAGCAUCCCAUCAGGUCCAGCCACAAAGCGGCAAAGAAAGUGGGACGGCAACCAAAAGCAGCAGUGACAAACACAGGGCUUCCUCAGUUGUCACAGCACCCUCUGCAGAUGUGGAGGUGGAGCGACGCUCUUUCAGCGCUAGCAGUGAGGAAAGCGGCUCAGGCAGUUGGGCACAGAUUGCCCCAGAUGACGACCCCCAGGAGGAGACCACCAGUAGCUUUAUCCAGAUAAGCGAGGGAAAUGGGAAUAGCAGUGCUUCUAGUCUCGGACUAGCAGACCUGGAGGGCAUUCUAGACUACUCGAUCUCCAACACCCUAAUCAGCGAGGAGAGAGAGAAGGCACCGAAUUGUCAGGAUCAGGCAGAUGAAGUAACAUCGGGUUUGUCCACAGCAGGCAGCAGCUGUCAAAGGGAGCUCCUGGUGGUGAACUUUGACCAGGAACCAGACUGUGUGGAUGGAGAACUAAGAGCAGCACUUCAGUGGAUUGCUGCAUCUGAGCUUGGCGUGCCAGCACUCUACUUCAAAAAGACUCAGGAGCACAAUGUUGCUAAGUUCCACAGAGUGGUGCAGUUGGCAAAUCAGAAGGCCUGGCAUGUGGGGGACUUGUUCAGUGCUGUGGCUCAGUUUUGUCAACUCCACCAGGACUCGGAGCAGAGAGGACAGUCAGCGCCCAGCCUGUUUGACUGGAUACUGAAAACCAAGCGCUAGAGUGCCCACACAUGCACUGUAUGGACCAGGAGCUGGAGAUUCUGUGCUAGCACACAUAUAUAGUCCAGAGCCAUUGUGAAAACAUCCAACCCAUUUGAGCCCGCUGCUAGACUCUCACACAGGCUCCUCUAACAAAGACCCUGUGAUCCUCCACAACCAGUCAAAUUGUCUCAUAACUGUUCAUCAACAUGCUUCUCUUCAGUUGGUUUGCUUAAGAAAUUAAGCUGCUUUGUGAAACUCACAGGUUAGCAAGCUGGUUUACAGGAUGCCAACAGUACCUACUAAGUGGAUCUGUACACACUCCAUACAUGUGAACCCACCAGCACCUCCCACGUUCUAACCUUUGAUAUGCACAUUAAUAUUCACGGCUUACAUUUAGCACAAACCUUUAUUCAGACACCUGCACCACCUGUCACACUUGUAUAUGUCUAUGCUAGAUCACAGCAAUUAGGGCAUAUACUGUAGGAAGAAAAGCCUUGUCCUUAACUACAACCCCAAUUCCGAAAAGGUUGGGACAGUAUGAAAAAUGCUAAUAAAAACUAAAAGGAGUAUUUAGUAAAUUAUAUUCACCCUUUGCUAUAUUGAAUGCACUACAAGUUAACAUUAUAUGAUGUUUUACCUUGUGAAUUUCAUUGUUUGUUUUUUUUAAUGUACAGUAAUUUCAAAUCAGAUGAUUGCAACACACUCCUAAAAAUUUUGGGACAGUCGAGUGUUUACCACUGUGAAACAUCAACAUUUCUUCUAAUAGCACUUAUUAAGCAUUUAUGCACUGAAGACACAAGUUUAGGCUUAAAAAGUAGAAUUGUCCCCCAUUCAUCCAUUAUGCAGGUCUUCAGCUGCACAAUUGUAUGGGGUCUUCAUUGCCGUAUUGUGCGCCUCAUUAUGCACCACACAUUCUCAAUUGGAAAUGAUCAGGACUGCAGGCAGGCAAUCUAGCACCCGCACUCUCUGCUUAUUCGGCCAGUAAGUGGUUUGAAGUUGUCCUGCUGAAAAUUCUGGGACGUCCUUGGAAAAGACGGUGCUGGAUGGCAGUACAGUAUAUGGUGCUCUAAAAUUUGUACAUAUCUGUCUGCAUUAAUGGUGCCCUCACAGAUGUGCGGGUUACCUAUGCCAUGGGCACUGACAUACCCCUGGCCUAUACAGACACUGGCUUUUGGACCUGACGCUGAUAACAGCUUGGACGGUCCUUUUCCUCUUUGGCCCAGAGAACACGACAGCUGUGUUUUUAAAAAACUAUUUGAAAUGUGGAUUCAUCAGACCAAAAAACACGGUUCCACUGUUCUACUUUCCAUCUAUGAUGAAACCGAGCCCAGAGAAGUCGGCAGCGCUUCUGGACAGUGUUGAUGUAGGGCCUCAGCUUAGCACAGUAAAGUCAUAACUUGCAUCUGUGGAUGCAGCGGCGAAUGGUGUUGACUAACAAAGGUUUACUAAAGUAAUCCCAAGCCCAUGUUCACAUACAAUAAAAGUGAUUUGAUUGAUUGAUUUGUUCAUGUUCAUGAUAUCCAUUACAGAUGAAUGAUGUUUUUUUAAGACAUGUCUGAGGGAUCAUCAUAUAAUGUUUAGUUGUAGUGCUUUCAAUAUAGCAAAGGGUGAAUAUCAUUUACAAAUCACUCCUUUUUGUUUUUAUUAGCAUUUUUCAUACUGUCCCAACUUUUUCGGAAUUGGGGUUGUAUCAUGAGAGGCAAUGUGCUGAAGACGCUCUUCAGAGCAUUGCAUAUCGAAUAGAUUGUGAUUAGAGGAUAUUUCCCUUUAAAUUUUGCAUGUUCCUAUGUCUGUAUGUGCACGGAUACAGUUCCACCAGUCACCAGCCUGCUCUGGUUAGAGAAACAUGGUUUAAACCAACCAACCGAUCAGCCUUGAUAUUUUGUAGCCUGCAGAUUUUUACCGCACGACAAACUCAAAUUCAAAUGCACAAGAUGACUUUAUAUCAAGAAUAAUGGAUUUGAGAGCUAUGUUGUGGGGAUUUAAUGAAAUGUAGAUGUUUGUAUAUAAGGUGAAAUAUAUACGGUAGUGAGAUCUCAUUCCAAACACAGCACACAAGGCUUUUAUUUAAAGUUUUCAUUGUUCAGUCAUUUUUAUUGUGCAUCUGAGACUGAAUUCUGUGUUUAGUUUUCAGUGACUACUGUUAAGAGAUUUUAUUUUUGGCUAGAUGUAAAUAGUCUAGAUUGUGAGCUAUUGUACCUUGGAAAUGGAAAUAUACGUUUUUGUUUUUCUGAUUGCAGAGACACAGACAGACAGCAUCACAGUAAAAAGGCUCACCAGACUACAGUAAACGUUUAGGGUGUGAUUAGAAUACUGUGUUUAAAGUAUGGUACAAGUACAGUUUUGUCACGUAAAAAUUUACUUGUAAACGUGAAAUCUGGUGCAUUAUGGUUUUCUCUGCAUAGUAACAUAAUAGUAAUGUAAGUGUUUUAAUAUCAGCGUUGAAAGCGCACAACAAAACUGUAUCCAUUCUGUCACAGUGUACCUGAAUGUAUUUAUCUUUUCAAAAUAAAAAUUUGCGUACGGUGA